CGGAAUGGUGGAAAGGCGGGGCGGGAAAUAGCAAGAGCAACCUCAGGAGGCGGGUUGGAGGCGGCCAAGAUGGGGGCUCAUCUGGCUCGGCGGUAUUUAUGGGACGCGGAGGUGGAGCCGGACCCGGUCAAGAUGCCCACCUUCGACCCCCACUUCGGCUUCCCCGAGGAGCGCAAAGAACGCGGUGAGCCGAGCUGAGCUGAGCGGGGAGGGAGGGAAGAACAUGGGGAAGGCGAAGGUCACCCAGCGCUUGGCUCCGCCUCUUCCCGGAGCCUUCGCCUGGCGCAGCCCUCAAGCCCAGCCUGGCCCCCCAGGCAGGCCUCGCCACCGCACUGCGAGGUAGGUUCUCUCUCCCGGGGGCGGGUGGGGGUGCGAGGGCCGGCCCAGGAGCCAAGGGGAGGCGACCGCCUCGGGCGGCAGAAGAUCCGGAGUGACGCUGGACACAGACACCCUUUCCCGAGCUGGGCUCUCUCUGCUUAUCUGCCAGCAUCGCCGGAGAGCCCCGUUUGAGGCAGUGUUAUUUAAGGACAGCUGUUUGUCGCGUUGCCGUGGUUUAAAUCAGGCAUAGGCAAACUCCGGCCCUCCAGAUGUUUGGGACUACAAUUCCCGUCAUUCCUGGCCACUGGUCCUGUUAGCUAGGGAUGGUGGGAAUUGUAGUCGCAAACAUCUGGAGGGCCGGAGUUUGCCUAUGCCUGGUUUCAAUCCUUCCUUUUCUCACUCUUGCAUGAGAACACUUUCACAGAGACAUCCAUUACAAGGCAUUAUGUAAAAAUGCUUUGGGUUGAAAGGUGUUGCACAACUGUAAAAUAUAGUAAUAAUCCAGAGGUGGCUGGGAAGCUCGCCGGAUGAUCCCGGGCUAGUGCCUACCUCCAGGGUGGUUGCGAGGAUGAAAAUGAAGGGGGCAUGUUUGCCUCCCGGAAUAAAAAAUAAAAAAAGCUUUGCUUACGAAAUUGCUUAGAUCCGUUCUGACUUAGGAUGCUAUAGUUGAUAGCAGGCCCGGUGGGUAUAACUUUGGCCCCUGCUUGUUCAGUGUUAAUGGAUACUUUUCAUUUUGUACAGCCUCCUGAGGAUGUGGACGUGAGAAAUGUGAGAGGUACCACGUGUGCGCUAGAUCCCUGAUACCCUUCUGGGCCGCUUUGCUGGGAUAGGACUGUUCAUUCCUGGAGGGGUGAACCCAGAAGUUGGUGUUGGGGGACCUCAGUUCCACGCAUUAGCUGCAGGCCUGUGGUGCCCCUUGGGUUCUGUUCUGUCUCCCAUGCUAUUUAACAAUUAUAUGAAACUGCUGGGAGAGUUUGUCUAUAGAGUUUCGGGGUUUGGUGUCUGCAGCAUGCUGAUGACACUCAGCUCUAUUUCUCCUUUUCAGCUAAAUCCAGGGAAGCUUCUUUGGUUCAAAACCACCAUCUGUCAUUAGUAAUGGAUUGGAUGAAAGUGAACAAAUUGAAAGUUAAUCCCAACAAGGCAGAGGUGCUCGUGGUCGGUUAGAAGGCAGACCAGGCAAUAGGGAAUCCGCCUUUGUUGGAUGUGGUAACACUUCUCCUGAAGUCACAGCUUUGCAAUUUGGACUUCGCCUGGGCUCAGCCCUGAGCACGGAUGUUCAGGUUUCUGCAGUGGCCAGAGUGCAUUCGUACAGUUAGAGCUAGUGUGCGAGCUGCGCCUGGUCCUUGAGAUGUCUGAUUUGAGGGUGACUGUGUUGUCUCUGCAGAAAGGUCAUGCAUUUGUUUAAAAUAUGCUUAAAUAAGACUUAAGGCACAGCUCUAAGUGCAGGGCAGGAACUCUGAAUUCUUUCACUGGUGUUGACUAGCUAUGAUUACUGUGAGGAUGUAGCACUUGGAUUUAUACUGGAAUGGUCUAUCAACUUUAAUAGCUAAUCUAAUUUGCAGAUCAGGUUUCCAAAGGCCAUAAGCCACUACAGAGGUUUCAAACGAGUUGAUGACAGUUGAUCAGGUUGACCCUGCCUGGAUCCUGAUCUCACUUCUGUUCAUUUUAUCCCCUUCCAUUUUCCCAUGCAGUGAUGAUAGCAACAGAGCAGCAGAUGAAUGAAGCUCAGCUUCCUCUUGACAUGCGAGACUAUUGUGCACACUACUUCCUUAAGUGGGCGAAGUGCAAACGUGACAAAUUUCCAAAUAUCUUUGGGUGCAAACACGAGCGUCAUGACUGGGAUUACUGUGAGCACCUGGAGUAAGUCAGAGCUAUGCCUCCCUUCUUCCUGUAAAUCAGCCUUCCAAGUUAGCUUGUUGCUAACACUCCUGUAUCACUUUUUCUCUGUCCACCAUAAGAAUUUAGCAAGACUAACAGGUAGCAUAUGGGCAGGGGAAGUUAUUGUGUCACAACCCCUUCAGUGGUGUUGGUAGGGUGAAAUCUUAUAUACCGAUCUGUUAACUAUUCUUCCUUAAUGCUGAAUGAGCUUUGAUUUGGCUUUUUGAGUUCCUUCACUCAAAGCAUCUCACCAGUCUUUAUACAAGUCUUUCCAGGUUCAAGAGACUUCUAAACUGGCAAAUAUUUUUGACAGUAUUCUCUCCUGAUUGGAAAGCUAAGUAGAAUGUAGGGUAUCUCACUGAUCCCAUAUCAGCAGAUGACAACUUGGGGAAAGGUACAUUAGGUAGAUAUCCAUAUACAUGCUACAGAUGUCUCUGCAGAAUAGAAGAAUGUUCAAGUGGGGAGGGAGAAAACUUUUAUGAGGGAUUCAAGCCAGCUAGUGUCUUUUGGCCUGGAAACCACAGAAUGCGAGGAUGGGUUUGGGGAGGGGGGGGGAAGAAGUAUCGGUUGCUCUGACCUGACCUGCACUUGUGUGCUUUCCUAUAGCUAUGUCAUGCGCAUGAAAGAAUUUGAACGGGAGAGGCGCUUGCUGGCUCGGAAGAAGCGCAUUGAAGAAAAGGCAAAAGCGGCGGCGGCAGCAUCAGCAUCCUAGCUGGCUUUGGUGUGUCUCCUGGCUCCUUCAACAAGAGGCUUGCAGAAUCCACUAGGUCUGUUAUGUUGAAAACAAUAAAGACAUUAUCCUGUGGUUCUGUCUAAAACAAUCACUGUGCAGUUCCUGAGAUGAAAUGGAUAGCAGUUGAACAUUUAGAGCUAAUGAAGACUUCUUAGCCUUCAAGAAGCCUCUUAUAUAAAAAAUCCCCACCCCUGCCCCUCAAGUCUCUUCUGCAGUUGCUAUUUUAAAGGAAGGGGUGGUAAUGUCCCUUUUGUGGGUUGCUGGAAGUAUUAACUAGUAUUGUAUUAAAGCGCAGAGAGACAGACAGACAAAGACAAAAUACCAACCAUUACGUGUUUUAGCUGCCAGUCUUGACUAUGCACACAGCUGUUUUCACUUGUCACUCUUUUCCUGAAUGCAGUUGUGGGGGGUAGGUCUCCACCUUGGUUCAUUUUUGCCUAGUAACGAAGUGUCUUGUUCUACAUACAGUCAAUAAAGAGCUACUGCUCCUCCAAUGUGACAGGAGGUAGGCAGGGAUCAAAGGGAGCCAGUAUCUGUGGGACAGGGUGUGAAUUUACCUACACCUGGGAGGAGCUGGUAGGUCCCAGGCCAACCUAGAUAAGUCAGACUUUGUGGCACCAAUACUGUAUCAAACUUUCUGAUAGGUCAACCUUCCCCAGCCAGCUGCUGCACUCCAAAUGUUUUGAACUACAACUUUCCCCAGCCAUUUGCCAUGCUGUCUGCUGGGAGUUGUAGUCCAGGGCAACUGGAAGACACCAAGUUAGGGUUCAGGCUAUAUUAGGUUCUGGUUGAAAUGUGGAUAGUUUCCUCUGGCUCAGCUGAAGUGCAGGUGGGAAAUCUGUAAUCCUCGAAAUGUGGCCAGACUCCAGUAAUUCCUACCUGUUGUCCAACAAACUUCUGUAGGACCACAGGCAUCCUAUAACUGCAGCUUAUGACUCUCACCCAGGCUGGGGAAAUGAGAAAGAUGACUGCCCCAAAAGCCACACUUCCAAUGCCACCUGCUUAGUGCAGGAAUCUACAGCAGGAAGCAUUUGUCCUCUGGUAUCUUAGUGUAGAUUUAGCGAACAGAAUUGUGAACAAGUUCUCAACUUUUUUGUUGUUGCUGCUGAUGCUGAAACAACACUUUGGGAGUUCUAAAUUGUAAUAAGCUUUCAAAAUACAACUCUCUUUUCUAAGUAGCUCGGAAUUUAAAGAGUACAAACUUGUUUCUCUCAGAAAAUCCUGUUUCUAGUGUCCUUGUGUCACUAGACAAAAUGCAUUUUGCCCUAAUUUGAGAAAAUACUUGCAUAUUUUCACCUUAAUCUCAAAUAGUGUUUAAUGUUUAGUAAAGUAAUACUAAAUCAAACUAUAUACUGUUUGUGUGUGGCCUGAGAAACCUUUUUUAAAAAAGGGAUUAGAUAUGUUCAUGGAAGAUGCUGAAACGGUACCUGUUAACAGAUGCUAGAGGCAAGAAAGUAGGGGUGGUCAAUAUGCUUGUGAGCUUCCAAAAUCACGUUGCUGAUUUUUUUUCUGAUUCAGCAAGCCAACUGUGACUAUUGAACUAUUAAAUGUGAUGCUCAAGUGGUGAAUACACUUUCUAG